UGAGGCAAAGGCUCCAUGGAAGGAAAGAAGAGACGGAAAUAAGAGAAGAAACCACAGGAAAAGGCAGCAAUGGAAAAAAAAAAACCUCUCCCCCUUCCCACUCAUCGCUCCCCACUAGCGGGUGUGUGGGCUGGGCUGGGCUCCGUCGUGCCAGACCCAAACAUCAAAUUGGGCUCCGUCGUAUCGAGGGUGGAGACUUUUGGACCCUCUUCGUUUUUUCAUGGGGAUCCAUCGGCCAGGAAGACUUGUUGUUCAUGAAUUUCUUGUUCAGUGAUCAGGUUCCCCCUCUUGACCACCACAGGGAAUAUUGUUGCAGGAGGGCAGUAGGGUUCACUUGACGUGUCACGAUCUACCUCGUAUCCCCAUCGGGGGCGCGUGAGUGGUCCAGCCAGUCCAGAUGUGGCCGGAGAUAAGGUAGAGCUGUCACCGGCCUUUAGGAUUUGAUUAUCCAUGACGUCCUCCAUCACCGCAUUAGUCACUCGUGAGCGGUUGGAACGUCAUCUGGGCUUAACGAGCAGAGAAAAAAGGUUCCUGGCCUCGGCAGUCGGUCUCCGUUGGCCGAUACGCCCUGCGCCCUAGGCCAAAGUUCGGCCACUUCUCGGACAAAGGUUGAAGUAAAC